UCAAGCACAAACCCUUUUAUAUAUCUUCGCUGUAAGUUCUUCUCCAUAACAAAAGAAGCUUACAUUUAGGAGGAGACAAAUGCUUGUCGGUCGUGGCCACCAAAUGAUCAGUAGCUAGCUAGCUAUAUAUAUAGCACAUCGAAGUUGAGUUACAUUAAUUUGCAGUAAACUGAGGUGGCCGCGCGGGGAUCCUUCAGGCCAGGAGGAAAAGAACCAAGGAUAUAUUAAGCAUGUCGCUAAAAGAAAACAAGUUGGAGGGGUGGUCGUCCGAGGCAAAGGCCGCCGUGUUCUCAGUCAUCGGCAUGACAUGCUCAGCAUGUGCCGGCUCGGUCGAGAAGGCCAUCAUGCGGCUGCCGGGAAUACGCGAGGCCGCGGUCGAUGUUCUGAAUAAUAGAGCCCAAGUCCAGUACCACCCCAGUUUUGUCAACGAGCAAACAAUACGUGAGACUAUUGAAAAUGUUGGAUUUCAAGCAACAUUGAUCAGUAAUAUUGACAAGAAUAUUAAGAGAUCCACUCAAGUAUGCAAAAUACACGUAAAUGGAAUGACUUGCACCUCCUGCUCCUCCACUAUUGAAUCAGCCCUGCAAGCAAUUCCAGGCGUUCGAAAGGCCCAAGUGGCUUUGGCAACUGAAGAAGCAGAAAUUCAUUAUAGUCCCAAGACUGUGAGCUAUAAUCAACUAUUGGAAACCAUAGAAAACUCUGGAUUUGAAGCCAUGCUUAUUAGUACUGGGGAAGAAAUAAGUAACAUAGAGUUUAAAGUUGAUGGUUUAGACACAGAUCAUCAUACAACAAGACUGAUUGAAAAGUCUCUUCAAGCAAUCUCAGGGGUUCAAGAGAUAAUCAUAUACCCUGAACUCAACAAAGUUUCAAUUUCUUACAAACCAGAUAUGACAGGACCCAGAACUUUCAUCGGUGUCAUUGAAUCUACUGGUGGUGGAUGUUUUAAAGCAAGCAUAUACCCCAAAGGAAGAGGAAAAGAAGCUCGUAGACAGGAAGAAAUUAAGCACUAUUAUCGAUUCUUUUUAUGGAGUUUGGUUUUUACGAUUCCUGUGUUUCUAACAUCCAUGGUUUUGAUGUAUAUCCCUGGAUUUAGGCAGGUACUAGAUAUUAAGGUAAUCAACAUGUUGACAGUUGGCAUGGUUGUGAGGUGGGAGCUUUCUACACCAGUACAGUUCAUUAUAGGGCGAAGAUUCUACUUUGGUUCCUAUAAAGCUUUGCGCCAUGGUUCUGCUAAUAUGGAUGUUUUGAUCGUUUUGGGAACAAAUGCAGCCUACUUCUAUUCUGUCUACUCAUUGCUAAGGGCUGCUUAUUCAAAAGAUUUCAAGGGUACAGAUUUCUUUGAGACUAGCACGAUGCUCAUCUCUUUUAUUCUACUCGGGAAGUAUUUAGAGGUUUUGGCGAAGGGAAAGACAUCAAAGGCCAUUGCCAAGCUUUUGGAAUUGACUCCUGAAACAACAAUAUUGUUAACUCUGGACGGUGAAGGAAAUGAGGUGAGCGAGCAAGAAAUUGAUGGUCGGUUAAUACAAAAGAAUGAUGUAAUUAAAAUUAUCCCUGGUGCCAAAGUAGCCUCAGAUGGUUAUGUUCUGCGGGGGGAAAGUCACGUAAAUGAGAGCAUGAUAACAGGAGAAUCACGGCCAGUGGCAAAACGGAAGGGAGACACAGUGAUUGGAGGAACUGUGAAUGAGAAUGGGGUGUUGCACAUUAAAGCAACACGAGUAGGAUCAGAUACUGCUCUUUCUCAGAUUGUUCGACUUGUCGAGUCAGCACAGAUGGCUAAAGCUCCUAUCCAGAAGUAUGCUGACCGCAUUUCCAAAUACUUUGUGCCUCUGGUCAUCAUACUUUCAUUGUCAACUUGGUUUGCCUGGUUUUUGGCUGGGAAGUUCCAUGCCUACCCAAAAUCAUGGAUUCCAUCUUCCAUGAGUAGCUUUGAACUUGCACUUCAGUUUGGUAUCUCUGUCAUGGUCAUUGCCUGCCCUUGUGCUCUAGGCCUAGCAACUCCAACUGCUGUUAUGGUUGGCACUGGAGUUGGCGCAUCUCAAGGUGUACUCAUUAAAGGCGGCCAAGCUUUGGAAAGCGCACAUAAGGUGAACUGUAUCAUGUUUGACAAGACGGGGACUCUCACAGUAGGGAAACCUGUGGUCGUUAUAACACAACUCUUGAAAAAAAUGGAGCUUCAAGAAUUCUAUGUACUAAUUGCUGCAACAGAGGUGAACAGUGAACACCCAUUAGCAAAGGCCAUAGUGGAGUAUGCCAAGAAUUUCGUAGAAGAUAAAGAGAAUCCCGCCUGGCCAGAAGCACGAGCCUUUAUCUCAAUUACUGGCCAUGGAGUGAAAGCCAGGGUUCAAAAUAGGGAAAUAAUUGUGGGAAACAAAAGCUUGAUGUUCAACCAGAACGUUGAAAUUCCUUUGGAUGCUGAAGAUAUACUAGCAAAAGCUGAACGGAUGGCACAAACUGGGAUUCUAGUAGCUAUAGAUAGGGAGGUGGCUGGAGUUUUAGCCAUAUCUGAUCCUCUUAAACCAGGUGCUCGAGAAGUCAUUUCCAUUCUCAAGUCUAUGAAGAUUAGGAGCAUAAUGGUGACAGGUGAUAAUUGGGGCACUGCCAAUUCCGUUGGUGAAGAAGUCGGAAUUGAAACUGUCAUUGCAGAAGCCAAACCAGAAGCAAAAGCAGAGAAAGUGAGGGAUUUUCAGGCUUCAGGCUACAUUGUGGCAAUGGUGGGAGAUGGCAUCAACGACUCACCAGCACUUGCAGCAGCAAAUGUGGGAAUGGCUAUUGGCGCUGGCACAGACAUUGCCAUUGAGGCAGCGGACAUUGUUCUAAUGAAGAACAACUUGGAGGAUGUUAUUACAGCCAUUGAUCUUUCCAGGAAAACCUUCUCGCGUAUACUUCUAAACUACAUCUGGGCUUUGGGAUAUAACAUUCUUGGCAUCCCAAUUGCUGCAGGUUUUCUUUUUCCAUUUACUGGAUUUCGUUUGCCGCCAUGGAUUGCUGGAGCAGCAAUGGCAGCCUCAUCUGUCAGUGUUGUUUGCAGCUCCCUCUUGUUGAAGUAUUAUAGGAGACCCCGGAAGCUGGAUAACCUGGUGAUACAUAGGAUAACGAUCGAGUAAUCAAUAAUGAUUUUUUUCAUCUGUGUAUAUGCAUCGAGUGAAGGUUCUCCAUAGAAACAAAUUUAGGCAGUGUUUUCAUUGAAGAAAAUAUAUGAACAGAUAUAGAUCAGAUACAUAUUGAUUUCAUAACCGAUCACCUCUUAAAUUGUGCACCCAUUACGUUCAAAUUGUAAACCAACUUUCUUAGAUUCGGCAAUGAAAAGUUGAUUUCUUUUGUGAA